CUUCACUACAAGCAAAUGUUCAAUCGUGAUCUGGACAGUUAUGCCGACGAACGAGAGCUGAACAAGCUUCAUGAACAGCUUAAGGAGCAGUCGAUUGUAGUGUGGGAGAAAGCAUUUCCUAUUCAUUACCCUGCCGAUAAACUAUUACUUGGGCGUGACGAAAUCGCAAAGAAACUGGAUUCCCAAUUCAAGGCAACCAUUUUACCGAUGUGGCAAAAAAUCCAUUCAGACAUCGAUCAGAAAACAAGAAAUGCGGUGGAGAAUCUUAUUAAGAGAUACGAAGAAAAUAUGAAUCGUGCUUUGUCUGAAAUGGAAUGUAAUUCCGAGGAAACGAUUGCAUCAGCGCACGAGCAAUUUUCUAGGGAAGCCAGGACCGAUUUCGGUUAUGUGUCCGUACCCAUUCAUGUCAAUAAGAAGGUCUACGACGACCUGCUAUCAUCUGGAUUAGAUAAUACUUUAGAUCGUAUACGAAUUGAAAACGCACAACGGAGCGAUACUAUUCGGAAUCAUCUCUUGAAGGAGUUCCUGCAAUUUAUAGAAAACAUUGAACCAGAAAUAUUAAAUUCGAACACUUUUCCAGAAAGGUCUGCGGUGAUGGCUUACUAUGAGAUACAAUUAAAUGAUCUGUACGAACAAUUGAAUCGAUUCAAAAUUCCCAUCAAUUUAAAAGAAGAGGUAAAGUCACUAGGUACAGAAAAAUUGGAUGAAAUGAUCUCUGCACUAUGGGUAAAAUGGGACAACAUCCAGCCGGAUCCAAAUCAAAUGCAGCUUGCCAUCAAUACAGCAGUGGCUGAGUACAAUAAGGAAAUGGAAAACAGGACAAUGAAAUCGGGAGAGAUUUACAAUAACAAAGCCAUGCAACUGCAUCACUUUGAUUCCCUACAGAUUGUUCGUAAAAAAUUCGCAGAAAUGGUCAAGCAAACGUCACGAACCCGAGAACUAUUCAACGAGGCAGUAGAUGGAGUGUUGAAAAAAUUUGAGGACCUCAACGAUAUCAGGGCAGCUGAAUACAACGAGGCUACGGUGGGCAUUGAUCUGGGCACGACCUUCUCUUGUGUAGCAAUUUACAAAGGUGACACAAUCGAAAUGAUACCGGACCGGGAGCAUCACAGCAACACUGUUCCCAGUUACGUAUUCUACGAAAGUGCGACGAAAACGGUAGUGGGCCAUUCAGCCAAAGACCAAUCGAUUAUUUAUCCGCAGACAACGAUAUUCGACUCGAAACGCUUAAUUGGGCGAAAGUUCGACGAUCCGCAAACCCAGAAAGACAUUGCGCAAUGGCCAUUCAAAGUGAUCCGUGAUCCUGAUGUUAAUAGGAAAGAGCCCAAAAUCGAGGUUCAUGGGAAGACAUUCCAUCCGGAGGAAGUUUCUGCGGAAAUUUUGAAACAUCUGCGGAAGAAUGCUGAACUAUACUUGGAUAGGGUCGUGUCGGAUGUAGUAAUAACCGUCCCAGCAUAUUUUAAUGACGCUCAGAAACGUGCGACAAAAAACGCAGCGGCACUCGCCAACAUCAACGUACUGGAAAUAAUGAACGAACCAACGGCCGCGGCUGUGGCAUACAGUCUCAAUUAUACCGAUGGAAAGAAGAAGAACAUUUUGGUAUUUGAUUUGGGGGGAGGCACCUUCGAUGUGAGCGUUCUGUCAACCGAAAAAAGUAACAUUCAGGUGAAGGCAGUUGGUGGAGAUAACCAUCUCGGUGGCGAGGAUUUCGAUUCGAAUAUGGUUGACUUUUGCAUCGAAAAGUUCCGUCAGAUCACUGGUCUUACCAUCCCGAAAAAUGUGUUCGGCUCUCUGACAACAGCGACUUCGGCGACGGACAGGGGAAAGAAGGAUGAAGAGGCUAGAAAAGUCUUUGAAGCUCUUCGCCGAUUAAGGCAGAAGUGCGAGAUGGCAAAGAUAAAUUUAUCGAAGGCCGAAAGGGUGCGCGUAGUUGUGGACUACAUAUAUGAUCAGAAAAACAUGGACGUCGAAAUCACCGUCGAAGAUUUCAAUCAAAUGAACAAGCAUUUGUUCGAUAAAUGCAUCACUGUCGUGCGUGACACAGUUAAAGAGGCGAAACUGUCUAAAGCGGAAAUAGAUGACGUUGUUUUAGUCGGUGGAUCAUCUCGAAUCCCUGAAGUCCAGCGUCUGCUAUCCGAGUUUUUCAACGGAAAAUCUCUGAUAAUGACCCUGAAUCCGGAUGAGGUUGUGGCUCAAGGGGCGGCUUAUCGAGCCGCUAUGAUAUCUGGAUCAAAGUCGAGACGAUUGAACGCCAUCAAAUUCCAAGAUGUAAAUCCAUUAUCUCUUGGAGUCGAAGUUAUCGGUCAACGGUUUUCGAUUAUUCUGCCUAAAAACACGCCUCUUCCAGCUGAGCGAACGGAAACUUAUGUUACAACAGUGGAUUACCAAACGAGUAUGCAGAUUUCAAUCUAUGAAGGAGAGGACAGAAAAAUCGAAAAUAAUAAUUUGCUGGGUGAAUUUAAACUCUCUGGCAUUCCGUCCAAAAGACGAGGGCAGGAGCCGGUUGAUGUUACCAUCCGAUGCGACGAUGAGGGACUGCUUCACGUGUCUGCCAAGGUGAAAUCAAAUAAAAACAGCGAGGAAAUCAAAAUUCAAUCCAAUCGAGGUGGUCUUACCGAGGAGGACAUCGAAAAUGCAACUUCACAGUUAAAAAUUUAAUAUGAACAAAUUUCUACAUUUUUGGAGCAAUAUCCGGUCUGGUCGGAGUGGCUUGCGCUUCUAAUUCUUUAUCUUAAUUAAAUUUUCUGAAUUUCGGUUUUUUGAAACCCUAAUUUCUGCAC